AUGUACACACGUACGAAAUCCGUCGUGACCGGCUGCAAGUCCUCUGGGACAACGUUGAAGCCGCUUAUUCCACAUGUGCUGAUGCACUGCAUCAAGACGGCGACGACCGCAGAUGAGGCCAAUGAAAUAGUAGCCAAAUUUCCGCUGACGAACGAUGGUUGUCGCGUCGGCUGGGGUGCUCUCUGCGAACGGUUUGAGAACAAGCGCUUGUUGAUCACAAGCCAGUUGAAGAUCCUAUUUAACCUGUCCACGGUUACCCAAGAGUCGGGAGCAGCUAUCAAGGAGCUGCAGAGCACGAUUCAGCGUUGCUUGACCGCUCUUGAGCAUUCAGACAUUUCCGUCUGUGGCCCGUUCGCAGAUUGCAUCCUUGUUUUCCUCUGCUCGUCCAAACUUCCCAAGCUCACACUCUCGUUGUGGGAGCAAUCGUUGGUGGACAAAGCGAAAAUUCCCGCAUGGCAGGAUAUGAGCACGUUCCUCAAUGAGCGCUACCGUACGCUCGAAGCGAUUGAGGACGUAAAGCAGACUGCCAAUUCACAGAUCGCGACUGCAGGACCAUCCCGUCCGCAGAAUUCGAAGCGAGUCAACUCCUUUGAGAAUCACCCUGUCCGGUCCACUCCAAAUCCAACGGCAACAAAUGUGCAGAAUUUCUUUGCUAAUAACGCUCAGAAUGUCCUUCUCGGCACGGCGGUCAUCAAUGUUUGCCACUUGGGCACUACAUAUACCGCACUCCGUGCGAGCCCAGGUAUCCGGGCUAAAUCACGCAGUUGCGGCCCAAUCGCAGAAGUUAUGUCACUUCAGCAUUGGUUCUCCGACGAAGCCGAGGCUCCAUAUCGAGACUUCGGCAUUCGUAAUUCCACAGUUGGCAGGCAAACUGCCCUCCUUCGACAUGCCGCGAACUUUCCUCAAGGAUCUACCAGCGAUAGAACUGGCAGAUCCACAUUUCUAAAGAGCGCUCAGAUCGAUGUACUAAUUGGCGCGGAUAUCCUUCCGUCGGUCAUCUUGAGCGGCUCCCGGCCAAACAUUUGUGGCUCACUCCUUGGGCAGGAAACCGUGUUUGGCUGGAUUCUUACCGGCCCCGUCUCCCAGAGUAUGUCGACAACUGUUUCUGCGUUUUCGACAAGAGUCGCCCUCCAAGCAGACGAACAGCUCGACAGCCUACUUUCCAAAUUUUGGGAGGUGGAGGAUAUUCCAGCGAAGCUGAUAAAGGAGUCAGACUUCGUUUGCGAAGAGAAUUUCGUUAAGACUACUUCUCGUAGCACAUGUGGCAGAUAUCGGGUGACUCUUCCAUUCCGGAAGCCCGAUGGCAUUGAACUGGGUCAUUCCAGAUCUAUAGCGCUGGCUCAAUUCCUCAAGAACGAGAAUCCGAUUGGCACGACUCCUAAUUUCUACCUGCCUCACCACGCCGUGUUCAAACCUGAUAGCACCACAACGAAGGUGCGGGUCGUUUUCAACGCAUCUUGUCCAUCCUCAAAUGGCAAGAGUCUGAAUGAUAUCCUUCAUUCAGGGCCCAUUCUCCAAUCGGAUCUUACGUUACAGAUCCUCCGAUGGCGAUACUAUCGAUAUGUGUUCAAUGCGGACAUAACGAAGAUGUAUCGCCAGAUCCUCAUGGACUCAAAGCACACACCGUUCCAACGAAUUCUGUUCCGCACGUCGGACGGUGAGAUCCGUGACUUUGAGUUGAACACAGUGACAUUCGGUGUCAACUGUGCGCCUUUCCUGGCUCUACGAGUCCUCCAGCAACUUGCUGAUGACACGCGCUUGGAGUAUCCUCUCGCAAGCCGAGUCAUCUCCAACAACAUGUACGUGGACGACGUCCUAGCGGGGACACACACGAAAGAAGAGGCCAUCCGGACCAUCGCGGAAGUGUGUGCAGCCCUGGACAGCGCUGGCUUCCCGCUGAGGAAGUGGACGUCGAACCAUAAGAGGGUGCUGAAGGACAUUCCAAAGGACCAUCUACUUCGAGAAGAUUUCCUCGAACUCGAAGAUUCCAGUACGGCGAAAACUCUGGGCAUCAGGUGGCAAGCUCACGAUGACGAGUUCUUCUUCAUGCCACCAGAAGUUGCCCAUCAGGACUCCUACACGAAGAGGGAAGUGCUUUCGCAAAUCGCUAAGCUUUUCGACCCAGCCGGGUGGCUGGCCCCUUUCGUUAUCCGAGCCAAGAUCUUCAUGCAGGAGAUCUGGCUGAGAACGCUCGAAUGGGACGAACAUUUACCCAUGGAUCUUUCACUCCAAUGGAAGGAGUACCUCCAGAGCUAUCCUGCUCUGGGAAAGAUCCGGAUUCCAAGAUGGGUCCAAUUCCAGUCACGAGUGAAGCUCCAGUACCACGGAUUCUGUGAUGCGUCAGAACGGGCGUAUGGUUUUCGUGUGGAAACGGCGAACAAGGUUUCCACACAUCUCCUUACUGCGAAGACAAAGGUGGCUCCGGUCAAGUCUCUCUCAGUGCCACGUCUGGAGCUUUGUGGCGCAGUCCUGUUGGCUGAGUUAUCUGCAGCCCUCCUCCUGAAUCUGCCAGCAGAAAGUUUCCAGACUUUCUUUUGGACCGACUCAACAAUUGUUCUCGCCUGGUUGAACAAGCCACCCUGCCGAUGGACAACCUUUGUGGCCAAUCGAGUGGCCAAGAUUGUCCAAGCCAGCGACGCCAAGAACUGGUCGCAUGUGCGAUCCGAGCACAAUCCGGCAGAUCUGGCAAGCCGUGGUGUCCUGCCACAAGAAUUGGUUCGUAAUCCGUUGUGGUGGCAUGGACCAGAGUGGCUUCAUCUCCCGUCGGAUCAAUGGCCAUCUUCUCCAAGUCCCAUUCCGGAGACUCUGCUGGAGUUCUCUGAGUUUGGCAGGGCACUGCGCACGUCUGCCUAUGUUCUCCGAUUCAUCGAUAGGAGUCGGAAGUUGGCAGUUCCAAGCUCUACCGUGGUCCAGGCGGAUGAGCUGUCACGGAUCCAAGAGCGGCUAAUCGUCAUGGCUCAACGUCACACUUUUCCACAAGAAUACCAAUGUCUGCAGUCCAAGCAGCAGGUUCCUUCCUCAAGUUCAAUCCGAAACUUGAACCCUUUCCUCGAUGGCAAGGGGAUUCUACGGGCCUGUGGGCGUCUGAGGGCGUCCCACUCGCUGCGUUACGAUGAGAGUCAUCCAAUCAUCCUAUCGUAUUCCUCGUCCUUUGCACGACUACUGGUCCUCGUUAAAUCCACCAUCAACUCCUGCAAGGUCUGCGUCAUCUACAAGAAGAGAUUGCAGACCCAAAUGAUGGGGGACUUGCCCAAGGAAAGGGCGUCCUACUCGAGACCUUUCACGCACACUGGAGUCGACUUCGCCGGCCCAUUCGAAAUAAAGAAUUACACUGGCCGAGCCUGCCUCAUCACCAAAGGGUACGUCUGCGUCUUCGUGUGCUUCAGCACGAAGGCGAUCCACUUGGAGGCAACAUCGGAUCUCACGACGGAGAAAUUCCUGGCCGCAUUCUCCCGUUUCAUCGCACGGCGCGGGUGUCCACACCAAAUGUAUUCGGACAACGGGAAAACCUUCGUUGGAGCUGACAAGGUGAUCUCCAACGACUUCUUGGAAGCGACGAGGGAGUGCAUCAUCGCACAACAUGCCCACAAGAGCCUAUCCUGGCACUUCAACCCGCCGGGCGCCCCGCAUAUGGGUGGUUUAUGGGAAGCCGGCGUAAAGAGUUUUAAGGCACUCUUUUACAAGGCGACCUCCACCUCGAAAUAUACGUUCGAAGAGUUGUCCACUCUUCUCGCUAAGAUCGAAGCCUGCCUGAACUCGAGGCCGAUUUCCCCUAUGUCCGAGGAUCCUGCGGACUUACUAGCGCUCACUCCUGGCCAUUUCCUCAUAGGUGGCCCUCUUCUUUCGGUGUUGGAACCACCAAUUAACCAACCGGCCACCUCCAUCCUCAAUCGAUGGCAGCGACUGAAGGCUCUUCACCAACAAUUUUGUUUCCGUUGGAAAGAUGAGUACCUGAAGGAGCUGCACAAACGGACGAAAUGGCAAUCCCUACCGGAACCUUCGGAUCGGUGA